GAGGUGCUGCGCCUCGGCGGCACCAAGCAAGAUUAUCUCAUGCUGUGUGCCCUGGACGCGGAGGCCGAGAUGGUGGACGGCGGCAAGAAGGACACGAUCGAUGACCUGAAGGAAGGGGAGCUGGAGGCGUUCGUCAGCUCUCUGGGGCUCAACAAGUAUGCAAAGAGUUGCCUGGUGGUGGAGGGGGAUGAGGAUGAUGAUGGCGGCAGCAAGGAGAAGGAGAAGCCUCCAAAGAAAGAGAAAAGCAAGAAGGAAACAAAUCAUCCUUCGCUAGAGGGGAAAACAAUAAAAAAAGGAAAGGAAAAGGCAAGCAGUGUGAAAGACAGCAAGAAGAAGCAGUCUGGCGGUGAUCAGGGCCAACAGCCUUCCACAAAGAAAGAAAGGCUGGAAGAUGAUUUUGAAUUUCAUGCGAGGCAAGCAAUCCUGAUCAAACCGGGGGGCAAGUGGUAUGAUCUAGAAUACACCAGUGAAUUCUCUCCCGAGCCACAGAAUCAAACGCUUUUGUCCAAGUAUAAGGCCCUGGCGCAAAAGCUGUAUGAACAUGAGACAGACCUGUUUAAGAAUAAGACAGACUAUCAGAAGGGGGCCUCUUCAGCGUGGAUUAAAACUGUUGUGUCCUCGGGUACCUUGGCUGACAGGAUGGCAGCGAUGACCCUUCUCAUCCAGGACAGUGCUGUCCACAGUCUCCAGUUCGUUGAGAGCUUGAUAAACCUCAUAAAGAAAAAGGGCAGCAGGCAGCAGAGCCUUAUGGCUUUAGAUACUUUCAAGGAGCUUCUCAUUACAGAUAUCUUGCCGGACAAUCGGAAAUUGUGGUCUUUCUCGCAGCGACCGCUUAACAACAUAGUGCAGAUGUCGAGCGGCAACAAGGAUUCAAGAGACAGGCGGUUGAUCCUUUGGUACUUUGAGCAUCACCUGAAGCUGCAGAUAGCAGAGUUUGUGCAGGCCUUGGAAACACUGAGCCAUGAUUGUCUGACAGCCACAAAAUCCCGAGCGCUGGCGGUUUCCCACGAGCUGCUCUGUAACAAGCCCGAGCAGGAGAAAGCUCUGCUGGUUCUGCUGGUGAAUAAACUGGGUGACCCUCAGAACAAGAUCGCCACCAAAGCCUCUUAUCUUUUAGAGACGUUACUUCACAAGCAUCCAAAUAUGAAGGGAGUAGUGUGCAGUGAGGUGGAGAGGCUUUUGUACCGCUCAAACAUCAAUGUGAAAACUCAAUAUUAUGCUAUCUGCUUUCUAAAUCAGAUAGUCCUCAGUCAUGAGGAAAGUGCAUUGGCUAACAAGCUGAUAACUUUGUACUUCUGCUUUUUCCGGAACUGUAUUAAGAAAAAAGAUGUUGAAUCCAAAAUGCUCAGUGCUCUUCUUUGUGGGGUAAACAGAGCUUACCCUUACGCUGAGACUGGUGAUGAGAAAGUGAAAGAGCAAAUGAACACCUUGUUCAAAGUUCUGCACCUUGUGAACUUCAGUACCAGUGUCCAGGCCCUGAUGUUGCUGUUUCAGGUGAUGGACUCUCAGCAGACUGUAUCAGACAGGUACUAUGCAGCGCUGUACAAGAAGCUUCUAGAUCCUGCUUUAGCAACCUGCUCCAAGCCAUCCAUGUUUCUAAAUCUUAUCUAUAAGUCUCUGAAGGCAGAUGUCGUGUUGCGGCGUGUGAAGGCCUUUGUGAAGAGGCUACUUCAAGUCACUUGUGGACAAAUGCCACCCUUCAUUUGUGGAACCCUCUACCUUCUGUCUGAGCUUCUGAAAGUAAAACCAGAAUUAAGGGUCCAGUUACAGGAUCAUGUGGAGUCAGAUGAUGAAGAGUGCUUUAAGGAUCAAGAAGAGGCUGAAGAGGAUGAGGAAAAAUUUGCAGAUGCUGACAAAGAAGUAGAAGAUGAAAAGAGAACUACAAUAGAAAGUUCUGCUAAAACAAGCAAUUCAGAUUCAUCAGCCUCGUGGGUGCAUCAUCUGAAUAUGGGAGGCAGGAAGAGUGGAGCUUCCUAUGACCCUAUGCACCGAAGUCCUUUAUACUGUGGUGCUGAAAGUACAAGCCUUUGGGAAUUGAAGAAGCUUUCUGAACACUUUCAUCCGUCUGUGGCCCUGUUUGCAAAAACAAUUCUAGAAGGGAAUCACAUUCAAUACUCUGGUGACCCUUUGCAGGAUUUCACAUUAAUGAGAUUCUUGGAUCGCUUUGUGUACAGAAAUCCCAAACUCAGCAAAGGCAAAGAAAACACCAGCAGUGUGGUAAUGCAGCCGAAGAAGAAGCAGUUUAUGAAGGAUAUGCAAAAUCUUGCAGUCAACAGUAAGGAGUUCCGGGCCAAAGACGAAAGCAAAAUCCCGGUAGAUGAAGUGUUCUUUCACAGAUUUUAUUCAAAGUUCGAUACGAAGAGAGAGAAACAGAAGCGUCUGGAUGACGAAGAAAGUGUGGAAGAUGUGGAUGAUGAUGAAUUUGAAAGAGCAUUGGAUACUUUUGAAGCUGCUGAUAAUGCUGUUGUUGGCCAGGAUGACCUUGAUUUUGCUGGUAAUAUAAAAAAAAAUCCCAAAGGAGGCAAGAAAGGCCAAGGUGGUAAGGGAUCUGGUGCUGACUGGGAGGAUUCUGAUGAUGAAGAUGACUUCAGCGAUCUGGAUGAUGAGGAAGUCUCCUUAGGAAGUAUGGAGGAAGACUUUGAUGAGGAUAUGGAUGAAGAGGGAGGUGUAUUUAUGGAUGUGUCUGAAGAUGAUAACGACCUAGACUCAAACAAUGACGUGCAACUGAAAUCCAUUGGUAAAAAGGGCAAGAAAAAGAAAGAUACGAAUUUUGCGGGAUCACUGGAAGGACCCAGACGAGGAAAGAAGAGAAAACUCCAAGAUGCUGGUAUACUGGCAUCUGCAGAAGAGUUUGGCUAUCUGCUGGAUGAAAAUGCUGGGUCUAAGUUUGACAAUAUCGGAAUGAACGCCAUGGCCAACAGAGACAAUGCGAAUGUCAAACAGAUCCAGUGGGAAAUAGAGCGUGACAAGUGGCUUCACAACAGGGAUGUGAAAAGCAUCAUCAAAAAGAAGAAACAGUUCAGGCACAGAGGGCUGAAAAACAAGUACAAAGGCAAGAAAUCAAGACGAUGAACUGGACGUCUUGAUGUGGACAUUUUAAAAAUAAUUAUUCUUAAAUAGUUUUUUUUAUUUAAUCACACAUCUUUCUUACUUCAGUUCUUGCUGCUUAACCAUGUCAUCUGGUCAUUCUCCCUUAUGCCAUGAAUUCCAGACCACUCAUUGGAUUUGUAAUAAACUGAAAAAUAGGAAAAUCCAUGUCAGCUCUAAGUUAGACGUAUCUGUCAAGCAGCCCCUUUGUGGCUAGUUUUAUUCAGUGUAUAACCCUCCAGCUCUGAGAUCUCUAUCCAACAGCCUGACACUCCAGCCAUGCCUUAACAAUAAAAACUUCUGCAGUGUCUCCCAGGGAAAGUUUUAA